AUGUUGAGAUUAUGUGUUCCAAGACAUGUGUUACAGGCUGUUCCAAAAAGCAUAUCAAAUGGCCAAUUCAGUAUCAAUAUUCUGAAAUACAGAGGUAAAGGGUCUCUAGCAACUAUAUUUAUUAGGGGCCCCGUAACGAGAUUGAAUAGUACUUGGUCUAAGAAAGAUGAAUUGAAACCUACUUUUUCAAAGGAGCAACUAGCGUUAGCGAAAGAACAAAGACUUAAGGGGUUAGGUCCUCUUGUAUCAAAGUUACCUAAAAAAUGGAUUCCUUAUGCAGAAUUGAUGAGAUUGGAAAAACCUGUAGGUACAUGGUUAUUGUAUUUGCCUUGUUCAUGGGCUAUUAUUAUGGGUGCCAUGGAAACAAGUGCAACAUUGGGGCAAACGACUUGGAUGUUAGGUUUAUUCGGUGUAGGUGCCCUGAUAAUGAGAGGUGCCGGUUGUACAAUCAACGAUAUAUUUGAUAGAAAACUUGAUGAUAAAGUUAUUAGAUCUGUGGAACGACCAAUUGCUUCCAAAAGAGUUUCAGUUAGGAACGCUUCAUUGUUUUUGGGUGCUCAGACCGCUGUAGGGAUGGGUAUUCUAGCACAACUGCCUGCUAACUGUUGGUGGCUGGGUUUAGCAUCGUUACCUAUUGUCUUUACUUAUCCUUUAUUCAAGAGAUUUACAUACUAUCCACAAGCUGCACUGAGUGCUUGUUUUAACUGGGGUGCGUUAUUGGGGUUCCCUGCAAUGGGAAUAAUGGAUUGGUCUACUAUGAUCCCUCUGUACGUAGGAUCUUAUCUUUGGUGUAUGAUAUAUGAUACUAUAUAUGCUCAUCAGGAUAAGAAAUUCGAUAUAAAGGCAGGUAUUAAAUCUACAGCUUUAGCUUGGGGUAAAAACACCAAGACUGUGUGCAAUGUCUUGGCCACUUCACAAUUUGCUAUGUAUGCAUUAGCAGGUAUCAAUAGUGGAUUAAUAAUGGGCCCCGGUUUUAUUGGUGGACUGUCUAUCUUUGCCUAUAGAGUAUUUACUAUGAUUAGGAAAGUAGAUUUAGAUAAUCCAGAUGAUUGCUGGAAAGAAUUUACUGGGAAUAUCAAGACAGGUUUAUAUUUCUCUUAUGCGUUGUUCUUUGAUUAUCUACUUCAACUGAUGGGUUUCUUAUAA